AUGUAAUUUAACUAUGAUUAUACAGUAUAGAAAGAGAAAUCAACCUAAAAAUUAAUAUUAUUUUUAGGAUUUUAGCAUGACACUUUUGAUUAAUUUUAUAGCCACUUUAUAGAUAAAAAAUGCCUCCAAGAUAAUGCAUUUUUCAAGAUUAUUUUGAUAAGCAAAAAACAAAAUUAGCAAUCUUGCUUUCUCAUAAAUAGUCCAUACUCUCUAAAGAAAUGCACUGAUUUUGAUUAAGAUUUAGAUUAAAAAAUAAUGCUAUUUUCUUCUAAAAUUAAUUUAGAAUAAAUUUUGGAUAAUUUUCAUGAAUAUAAAGUUCAUCUUGUUGUAAAUGGUAAGGAAUUAUUAGGAAAUGAUUAAUAAGAGAUACUUUAAAAUUUUAUCGAUAAAUAAUUAUUGUAAUUUGGAAAAAUCUAAUUAAAAAAAUAGUACAUCUCAAUCAUCUUUUAAGAAAAAGUAAACACAUUUUCUCUCAUCAUUGUGAAAGAUCUAAAAUCUUUGAAUUUAAUAGAUUUAUAAUUCUUAUCAAUUGAAUUAAUCUUAAAUACAAUAUUCAAAAAUGUUUCCUUUUUUGAGUUUAAGAUUUCAUAGAAUCCCAUAGAAGUUAAUUAUGGUGAAAUGAGUUGUCAUAUGAUGAGAUAACAAGAAAAAUUAUUAAAAAUAGUAAAUAACAAAAUAGAAAAGCUUUGGAUAUAAUUGUUGAAUUUACAAUAAAUACCUAAAAUUGAUGAGUGUUAUGGAUUGUAAUUAUCUUUAGGAAAGUACUUAGAGUAGCUUAAUGGAAUCCUAAAUCUAUAUUUGAAACCAAAAUUGUCGGUUUUAUGGAAAAUUAUAUAUAAAAUAAAUUAAAUAACUAUGACUUUUGGAAAUGCUAUUAAUAAAGAGUUGGUAAAAUUGAAUUAAUCGCCUUAAUUAGAAUAAUUUUUGAAAAUAAAAAAUAUAGAAUUUAAAGAUCUCAGUAUUAAAACUCAAUUAUUUGACAUAAAUUAAUUGAAAGAUGUUAAUGAAUUUUUUACAAAAUAUCAUAAAUAUGAAUAUGAUAAUGUUAUUCUAGUAUCAAUUUAGAAUUUUGCAAUUAUUGUAGAUUUUUGGAAUAAAUAUUUCAAAAAUAACUUAGUGCACAAACUUUUUCAAUUGAAUCAAAUAGGGAAGAAUGUUUAAACUCUACCAUAAUAGGAUUAUGAGACAGGAGUCUUCUUAUUCGGAAAAAGUAGAGUAGGAAAGAGUACUCUAAUAAACUUGAUUUAAAACCCUUAAAGUCUUACUAUAAAAAAAGAAAUAAAUGAAUAAUGUUAUGUCCUUAAAGAAGGGAUUAAAACAUAAUUUAAGAUUGAUCAUGGGUGUAUGAGUGAGACUUAGGCAAUUUCGGGUAUGGAAAUAGAUGGUGUUUGGUAUUUUGAUUGUCCUGGGUUUGAUGAUAAUUUAUCUGAGUAUAACCGUAUUGCUCACAGAAUUAAUUUAUACAAUUAUUUAAAGAAGGCAAAAAAAGUAAUUGGUUUUUUAGUUGUGGAUGGAUCUAUAAAAGAUGCUUAAAUUAUUAAAGAUACUAUUAACCCACUUUACGAAUUAAUGGAAGAUAAAAACUAGUUAUUAUAAGAACAUGAAAAAUGGCUUUCUUUAAUUUUGGUUAAAAUUAAGAAAAAUGCAAGAGAGAAUUGUAUCAAAUAUUGGGAAUAGGCCUAUCGUGGAUAAUUGGAUGGUAAUUAUAGUAUUUUUAGAUAAAUGUAUGAAAAUAAUAAUUAAUGCGUUGAAUUUUAUAAGGCAAAAAAAAAAUUUUUAAAUGAUGGUGAAUAAUUUGAAAAACUGAAAAAUAAUACUAGAUAAAAAAUAAUCGAUAUAGUUCAAAGAUAAUUGUAGAACAAAGAAUUUAAAGUUUAAUUUUAGUUGAUGAUGGAGAACAAAUUGUUUUAUUUAGUUCAAGAUGGAAUUGCGAUGCUUAUCAUUAAAGUUUAGCAUAUUAUGUUAAUUUUUAAAAACUAAUUCAAUCAUUAUAUUUUAGAAAAUUAAAGUGAUGUUUCAUAAAAAUAAAAGAUUAUUAAAUAGCUAGAACCCAUUCUAAAAGAAGAUAUUAAUUAAAAUAAUUUAGAUGUUACUCUACUUAAAUUAUAACGUUGGUGUCAACAAUUAAUUGGACAUGAAAUUAGUUUUUUUUUCUUGGAUUAACUUAUUUCAGAUGCUACAUCUUACCUGAAAAUUCUAUUUUAUACAAAAAAUAGUAAUAUAGCCCCAUUCAAUAUAAAUACAGAAAUAAUCAGAAAGAACCUGGAAAUCGCAAUUGAUAUAAUUAAUUAAAUUGAGACAAGCGAUUAGAAUUUGAUUAGAAUAGGAAUGAUAUCUCUGAUACAUGUUGUAUCUUCAGUGCAACAAUUAUUAUUUGAAUCUGUAUUAAUAAAUUAAGGUCAGAUGUCUGUAGAAUAGCGUGUUGAUAAAUUCAAAAAUAGAGUAUUAAAAUUAAAAUAUGAAUUGCAUUUGGAAUCAUAAGCAAGGAAUGAAAGAAUUUGA